AUGGAGUCUCAGUGGCAAAAUGAACAUUUAGAAGCUAACUUGAAGGAAUAUUUUUGGCUGACAUUUAUUCUCAAAACAGAGUUUGAAACGGCUGAGACACUUCUCAACUCAGAGGUUCACAUGCUUCUUGAGCACCGGAAGCAGCAGAAUGAGAGCGCGGAGGAUGAACAGGAACUUUCCGAGGUCUUCAUGAAAACUUUAAACUACACGGCCCGUUUCAGUCGCUUCAAAAACAGAGAGACUAUUGCCAGUGUCCGUAGCUUGUUGCUCCAGAAGAAGCUUCAUAAAUUUGAGUUGGCCUGUUUGGCCAACCUUUGCCCAGAGACUGCAGAGGAGUCCAAGGCUCUGAUCCCAAGCCUGGAGGGGCGUUUUGAAGAUGAGGAGCUCCAGCAGAUCCUUGAUGAUAUCCAGACCAAGCGCAGCUUUCAGUACUAACCUGCAGGCACCCCUGCUGCCGAGGGCGCCACGCCCCGUUCCCCUGCAGGAGCCACCUGGGCUUCCUUUGGGUGGAACAGCCCUGCUCGCUCCUGCCUUGGGUUGCUGUUUCAAACUUGACUGUUGGACUGUGACCAUGUCAUCUUUGAGAGGCCCUGUGGUGGCUGCCUGUUGGGAAUGGGGGAGGUGCGGUGCAUAGACGCUACGCUGCUGACUACCUCAUCCCUUUGUUGUUUUUGAUUCCUAAUACUUCAUGUUUCCAUUUCAGUAUGUUUAUGGUUUUUGAAACAAUACUAGAACAUACAAAGCUGGUAUAAGAAACAAAAGUCUUAUCUAGUGCAAAAAGAAUUAAAUCGACCAGUAUCAUUGUUUGAAAUUCUUAAAGAAAGAAUGACCAUUUGAGAGCCUUGGCGUCAUUGUGCUUAACCCAGAAACAGGGCAGAAGCACGCUGUGGAGGGCAACCCCGUUCCAGAGAGGGUAAGUAGGCCAAGUAUUGUGAGGCCAUAACCUUGGAAAGGACGGGCAUGGUGGGCUUUUUCUUUUUCUUAUGUGUUGCCGAAUGUAGAUUGGGAGUGAGUGGUCCUCGAGAACUGUCCUCUCACUCUCAAAUAAAGGUAUUUCCUUCAUGGGCCAGACCUGAAGCUCUGAGCGCUUUGAAGACUCUUAUGGGUCGUCCCUUGCUAAGUAGCAGUUCUCUGCCUUGCUGCUGAGCUACAGGUGCCCUGUGGUCGGGCACCACAGGGAGGAAGGGAGCUUGCCCCUUCCUUGAGCCACUACUGUGAACUCACUUGAUCUAAGGCUUGUUGGGGGAAACGUUAAUGGUUUAACUUUCUACUUUGAUUUUUCUGAAGGGAAACUUUUCUGUUUUCUUUACAAUUUGAGGUUUUUUCCUUUGGAACAUUUGUUGGUUCCAAAUAAAUUGGUGAUCCAAGGAACAGGUCGGAGGAAUAAUAAAGUUGGCUUUAAAAGUCAACAUAGUUUUAUAUCAGCUGCUGGCUAAUACAAAAAUAAAAUACUGUUAUUUUCAUCAAUUUUUUAAACUUCUGAAAUGAAAUUUUGAUUAUUAUUUGAAGGAAAUAAUCUUUUCAUCCUUGGACACCUUCACAUCUUUGAGAUUUAUCUGUGUUCUCAGUUGUGAAAUGUGGAUAAUAAUGGCAUGUAUAUUCCAUAGAUACUUUAAGAUUGAGAAAAUUAUUUAAAAGAGCCUAUUGGUGUCUGACAUUAUGCCCCAUAAGUGUUAGCUGUUAUUAGUAGCUCAGUCAGAUGCCAUGAUAAAUCAGUUUGUUUCAUAGAAAAUCUUUCAAGAGUUUGGUGGCAUACCAAUCAGUACUGGUAGCAGGCUGUGAGGACCCAGUUGCUUACUCUUUAAGUCUGCACAAUUACUUCUGAAGAGAGGCAGUUACGUGUGCAGGUUGGCACCAGGCGGUGGAACAGCAAGAACAAACGUGGACGACAGGCCUGAGUUACAGUUUAGGUGCCUGUGCCAUGUGGGCCACCGUCCUCCCUGGUGAUUCCUCCUGUGGACCAGGAGUCUGAGCUGAGAGCAUUUGAGUACGUGAAGUGCCUGACAUGUAGCUAAGCACUCAUACAUGACAGGAAGAUGGUUAGAAGCAGAUUUCAAAACAACUCAUACCAGGGAAUUACUGUGGAAGCAAUUUUGUGCUGUAUUACAGAUUCAAAGCCUGGACAUUCAGUUUCUGGACAUUGUUCUUUACGGUUCUGGACAGCAUCAUACUGUUGAGAGUGGUCAUCAGGAGACCCUGCAAAGUCCUUGAUCAUCUGUGAAAAAUUGUUAGGCUCCCAGAAUGUGCAAAAGCAGAAUUUGGGGACGCAUUGAAACAAAAAGAUGUCAUGUUGUCAAACCAUCACUUAGCAAAAGACUAAAGUAACCAGUUGAAACUUUUCUGAAAACUAGUCAGUCUGGUUUUAAUAAAAUAUUAAACUUGAGGCUUGGAAAUCAGCAUUACUGCAUGGGGCCUGAGCACAAGCUGUUCUUUAAAAUUAGUGUUGUAAGCGUACUUACAAAAGCAUUAAAGCCUACAUUAAAGA